AUGGUCUCCCGUGGUCUUCAUAGGGGCAAUAGGGGUCACUUAAAAAGUAGGGUUUGAUGGUGAAAACGGGCAUUAUGUAAUAAUAUGUAGUACACUGAGUGUAGGUUCCUAGGUUCCAGCGGGAGCUUGUUUUUGUUUCAUCGAAAUUCAGUGAGAAUUUUUUUUUUUUUUUCAGAUUAGGAAAAAAAACUUAAAUCGCAAAAAUUAUCAAAAAAAUUAGUAUAGUUCGGCAGAAAUAAAGAAGGGGCUAUGGAAAAACUACCUAAGUGCCGAUUUGCACGUGUCCCACGACACGAGUACCCGUGUAUCAUCAGCCUUAUCUUCACGAGACAAAAAAUGUUAACAAUCUUUCAAGCAUAAAACCUUUCUUCUUCGACGAGAUCAACAUGAAAUAUGUCAUCCAGCCAUUUUUGUUUUUUUGUCAUUUUGUGCAACUUAUUUUCUAAGACUGUUUUUGUAAUUUAUUUAUUGAUGCGACGAUAUACCACAUAUAAAUGAACGAUAGACAGAAUCAUUUUUAUCUCAUCUCGCCGAAUGAAGUGACACAAUAAACCAAGAUGUGUCGAACGGUACACGCGGUCCUGCAAACCGCAAUAUGCGGGAUACAGAUGCUGGUGAGGGUCUUUAUGACCGUAAUUCUGAUGAUCGAGAACGUAAUCAGAAUGCUUCUGCAGACGCUGUACAACUUCAUAUCGUUCGUGUUACAAAUGGUGUCGCUGAUUCCGAUAUGUAUCGUGUUCCUUCUGACUGCGAGGCUGAAGUGUUUCAUGUGCGGCGGCGGCGGACCCUGCCCUGUGAACCGCGGGGGAACUUGUGACUGUCUCAUGUCUGCCCUCGCUUUUGUCAUCUUAUUCUUCAUCUUCCGAGCUACUGGAGUCCUCGAUAAGAUAUUCUACAGUCUGGGCUACGCGAAAGCCCGGCCACCAGCCGCUGCCAGAUUCGUCCCCACCCCUGGAGACAUAACAGAAUGCUCCAGAAAUGACACUGAAUCUCUUGACACCGAUUACGACCUGACGUCCACCACUACUAUGACUACACCUUUUGAUGAUAUGUCUAAGCUCGCCGACGACACAACAAGGACGGUGAUAGUUCAGCAACAGGAGACCCAAACAGACCUCGUAACGACCAGCUCCAAGCCUCAAUUGUGGCAACCAUAUAACAGGCGUCAUGAUGAUAAGAAAAAGAAAAUUAAUGCACGCAAUCGCAAAUUGACUACUAAUGUGGCGUAUUAUUUGAUAUGA